GGCCGCACCUAUUGAAUUAAUCAUUAGCCUAACAUGGCCCACAAACAGCAGUACGAAUCGCUGCCCGGGAAAAACGGCGGAGAACCACCAAUGGCGUCGAAAGAAGCAACGGUGAUAGUAAGCCAGCCUGCAAAACUUUCACCAACGGAAGAGUAUGUUCUUAACUUGGAUCCCAAUACGGUAGCAGGUAAGCAGAAGUAUUAACCUUUUAAUACAAUAGUCUUAUGUAAAUUUUUUCGCGUCUUGGAAUACGCGUAUAUCUUGCUUCGGCAUGAUCGAAAUGGCGCCGUAAUGAUCUGUUUGUUUUCGAGUCAGUAGUUCUUGAUUAUACACAGGAUUGCCAGACCAAGCGCGCGAGUACACGAAUUUUCACUAGAAAUAGCCUUUGGCAGUUGAUCGUGCUUUUUAGUCGCUCAUACACAGUAAGUCGCCUGCAUUUUAUCAUGAACUUGGGCGUUGUCAUGAUCAUGAUAAAUACGGAAAUAUUAGAUUAUUCUAGUAUUUCUUGCACUUGCUUGCGAGAAAAUGAUAUUAGCAACAUGUAUUCUCGAGCUAAAUUUUAUUCGAUCGUUUGUUCUCUCGUUCUUAAUUAAGCUUUAGGGUAUAAAAAAAACCGAUAUACCUGAACCUAUUUGGCAAACACAAAGCAAAACAAACGGUGUUAAAAUUUGUUACGCCCAACAUGCUGCGAAUUCUUUCUAAGCUUUAACGACUUUGUUUUAAGUAGAUGAUCUGAUGAGCUUCUGUAGUUUUUGAUUUAGAAAAGCUCAUGUAAAUCAGGACUGGUUAGUAAAUGUCCAUCAUAUCGCCAUAAAUAAAAACGUCAAGUUGGUUGUUUUCAUUGAAUAACGUUUAAGUAUUCAUAUUUGCAAAUUUUAAAUAUUUAUGUGAGAUAUGAAUAUUUUAUUUCUAAAAACAAUCAUUUCUAAUAUAGUUUCAUCUAUCUACAGCCUUUGUUGAUUAAAAAAAAAAUUGUUGAGCCGUUUGUCAUCGUGUUUAAUUCUGCUGAGACAAGUAUUAAGAUCUGACUUCUUUCACAUGACAGUCAAUUGUGAUGAUCAUAAGCAUUUUAACCUUUAACCACACCAGUAUCAUAAGUGUAAGAAGCUUGUUCACUUCUAGGUGGGUGUCAAUGAGACUCAUGCGCAUCAUUUAAACUUGAAGUUUUGCUGGUGUAAACUUAUCAAAUUAAUAUACAGUCAAACUUCCUGUAAGUGUCCACCCAAAAUGCAAAGUCUGAGUGGUCACUUAUGGGAGGUGGUUGUCUACAAGAAUCGAACCACAGGGGGUGAGUCUUCCGAGAAGAGGUCCAGGCACAUCUUCUUUAUGGAAGAUAAUUUAUUGCAUGCAAUUUCUUAGUUAGGAUAUGUGUAGUUCCAUGUUGUCUCUUCGUAUAUUCUAAGUAACAUAGUGCACACAGCAAAAAUAAAGAUCAGAGAAUGCGUCAAGACUUAGUGGUCGCUUACAAGAGUUUAAAAACAAUGAAGAAUCGUUAACCAUCAGGCCCAAAAAGUGGUUGCGGUUGCUUACAGGAGGUGGUCAUUUACUAGAGGUUCCAACUGUACGGCUUUGACUGGGAAAGUUUUGGUGUUUUGGAUUGGCGGUCACUCAUGGCAGAUGGUCGCACAUGGAGGUUUGACUGUAUAAACAAAACAAAUAUGACAUGAUUGCCAUAUUACUGCACUUAGCUUUUCAAUGACACGCAAACUCUAAAAUGAAAAAAAUUAACCAUUUAUGUUUUUUGCUUCUGUCAAUCUGCCUAGCUGACCUCAGGGCUCAGGGUCUUCUUCAGCUGCUCAAAAAGGUCACCUCUGUAGGUUAAUUGGUAGAUUCGGGUCUAUCUUGUGUGCUUCAUGAUUGACAGAAGCAAAAAUCAGUAAUUUAUUAUUGGUUAGUUUUGACAUAAUCCUCCCUCGUAUUCCUCUAUGCAGCAGAUACCUCAACAGUAACAUUCCAACCUAGAUUGUCGUAUAUCUGUGCAAAUUGAAAAGCAAUUUUUGAACAGCUGCUGUAACUAUGACCAAAACUUAAUUUAAAAAAAUAAAAACAGGCAAAAAAUGGCCGCCCAUGACUCUUCUACCCCUAUUACCCACUCACUGGGAGAUAGGCCACACUGAAGCAGAGUCUGCAGAGCACCUACCCGCACUGGUCUGCCCACAUGGGGCCAAUAGAACUCUAAAACUGUAAGGUGCACAUAUAUACAAAUGGUGUUCUUCGAAGCAGAGGCUCAUUUUGGUGUAAAAUUCAUUGCACGUCUUAAGCAGCCUCAGAAUAAGUAAGAUGUCGAGCCAAAUACACCUGAAUACUAUAAUUAUGGAGUACAUUAUGCCUUUUAGUACUGCUUUUGUUCUACGUGUUAUCAAUUUGCCUUCAUUUUAUUUCAUGGUUGUCCUUAAGAUGACACUUUUUAUUGCUUUCAUUUAGUUGAAUUUUGUGAAGUUACUUUUAUGGGAAGAGUGGUUUUAGUAACCCUUGUUUUUGUUUUAGAGCUUUUUUGCCUUCUGCUGGUCUCGUUGUUCCCAUGUUGUACUAUUGAGAACCAUACCUGGCCUUAGAGUAACAAAAGUCAAAGUUUAAUAUUGUCAUGCAAGAAUCAAAAUUAAGAUCAAAACUGUAUAUUACAAAUCAUAACAUUUUCAAAUUAUUAAUUUCUCUGGGAUUGCAGUGGUUCAGGGAUAGCUGCAACACUAAAUUGACACAGUUUCAAAAAUAGAAUCACUUGAUUCCACAUGUGGCCCAGACUCUGUGGGAGUUCAUUAGAAUUUGAAUUUAUGAGAGAAUGUAUGAAAAUAAACAAAAUACGUACUAAAUUCCAUUUUUUCACAGUAAUAGAAAUUAAAAAUGACUCACCUUAUUUUUUUGUUUUGUUAUUUAUUUAGAGCCAUUUGGAAGCCAUUUUAUCGACGUUUAAGAUUUUGAAUUCUAGUCAACAAUAAGAAAUAUGGGAAGGCUGGCAAGUCUGAAGCCAACUGUCCCAUCUCAAAGUUCCAUAAAUCUCAUAAAAAUGGUCUUAAUCUCACCAAAAUUGCAGUUGAAGGAUCUGCUGAUAAUUUGUCUUUUCCUUCUAUGCUUCUGGAGUCUCUGAUCAGCAUUUAUCACAACGGCUAGCGAAGCGCUUGAUUUAAAUUUUUUCCAUCCCAGUUUCUUUCUCGUGAUGUGCAUAACCAGAUAGCUAGACCUGACGUAAUCAACAGUUGCUCAAAGCUUACUUCACAGCAACAAUUUGGCUCCAUCCGGGCCGGGAGUGGGCAUGUUUUGUCGCGAGUAGCACGGUGGAAGGCUCCCUCAACUCCAAUUGCAGACAGAGUAUUAUUGUGUAAAUACCCAGGCGCUUGUGCAAUGUUCUGGCAUGCUUUGUCUCAGUCAAAUGAACCCAGGGGCCCUCCCACUGUACUACCUGUGAUACACCUUGCCCGCUCCUAGGCGGAGGCAAAUUAUCACUAUGACGUAAGCUUUAAGUGACCGUUGAUUACAUCAGGUUGAGUUACCCGGUCAUCAAAGUAAAUAUCUACGGUAACAAAAACACAAGGUGCGUCAUAUUUACUUCUAUUUUUGUCAAAAAAUGGAAUAUUUUAGGACAUAUUUUGUUUAUUCUCGUACAUUCUCUUAUAAAUUCAAAGUCUAAUGAACUCCCACAGAGACCUGGCCACCUCUGAAGAUUGCAUUGAUUGUUUACUAUAAUGCUCUUUCUGCAAAUCAGUCUGCCUUCGUAUACAUGUAUAAAUUGUGUGAUUUGGAUCAAGUUAAGAUAAUCUUCUGUUUUAGUACUGGUACAUUUUAUUAUUUGUAUCUUCAUAGGAUGGUCUGUGCAAGAGGUUAAUCAGAAUUUUCUUGAGCGUGCUGGACUGGGUUACAUGGCUGAAAUGUUUUCUGUGAACAAGAUCAAUGGAAAAUGUCUUAUGCUUCUUACAGAGGUACAUGUACAUUUGCAUUAACAGGGACAGGGUAUCUGAUAUUAUGCCACAGUGCACUUUCAUCCCAGGGGCACUCCCUAUGAUGGCCUUACAGGCAAGGGAGGUCUCUGCCCAAAAGGGGGUUGAACCGACCAAGAGGCAAUUAAAACCGUGUAAUUUGAAGCAAGGGCUUGGAGAUGUCUGACAAGCACAAAGGCCCACAACAUGUUGUAUUUUGUCAGACAACCUGCCUGUCGUGGUUUUGAUUAUGAGCAGUAUUCUUUCACUUUCUUGUGAUAUAUAAUUCCUUUUGAAGUGUUAUAAACUGGUGCUGAUGGGAAUGAACAAGACACUUUUCCUAAAUUAAGAUGUAAAUGAAGAAUCUAUACAGAUGAAUUAAUAUUAUUGUCAUAAAUUUAGAUGAAAACCACUGAAGAUCAGACUGUUUUGUUUGCUUUAAUAUUAUUUUUGAUAGGGUCAUCUUCAUGAACUUGGAAUCACAUGCCUUGGUGACAGAAUCUACUUGACAGAGCUCAUUGGAUUAUUGAAGAAGAAAAAGAGAGAAGCUGAACUUAGUGCUGCAAAGUGGUCGGGAGUGACUCCAGCUCCUGGAAUUGCCUACAAAGAGGACUGUGGAGAAUGUUGCGUGGCCUACUUCUGCCCAUGUUGCUUGGCAAAAACAUACUGGCGUGUGACAGGACAGGGUGUUUUCUACAAACGGGAACCUCCUUGUGGAUUGUGGACGGAAGGUGAGAAAAUUGUUAUUAUGUCACUGAAACAGACCUCUUGUCCCUUCCUCAGGAGCGACCUCUUUCCAAGGAGCAAAGGUAGUAGACAUUCUUGCCCUGUCUUCUUAUGAACAAUGGAAUUAGCUGUUCAGAAUUUUUUAAGCAAUUGAACAAAAUGAAUUGAUCAUCAGUUUUCCAUUGUUUAACCGCAGCCUGUGUUAAAAUUGAUUAAUUCUUUGCUGUGAAACUAUAGUCGCGACCCACAUGUUUGUGUUUCCGGUAAUAUUAGGUUUUGAACAUUUUUUAUGACAUAAUUUUUGAGAUCUUUGAGAGUGCUGGCAAUAUCAGAAAAGGGACAUCAGUGGAUUCAAUCCUGUUCCAGUCCCGUAGUGGUUAGACUGUCCGAUCUAGAACACGAGUUCAAUUCUCCCCUACAACUCAGAAUUUUUUCUGUAUUUUUGGGUGAUUAAAUCUUCUGUUCUAAGUGAUGAGACUUUCAAACAGACAACACACAAAUUGAUUUUUUUCCUGUGAUUAUCAAUAUUAUUAUUAAACAUUUUCCAUGAUUGAUUAUCGCAUUGCCGAAAGAUUUUGAUCAAUGCUUGAUUAUAAUUGAUGAUUGGCACACCACUAGUUAUUAGUUAUAUUUAUGGGUCCAAGCAUGUUACCCAUCCUGUGUAAUGAUAUUGUCUUAAGAAAAGAAGAAGUUAACUAGCCUAUCCUCAUUUAUUAUAAUAUUGUUCUUUAGUUCGAACAGAGUACAUGGACUAUCGAUUCUUCAAGGAUUUGGAGUUGAAGACAACUCGCAAAUGUCUGUGCUGCUGUACUGCCACUGAGCUGGAGAUGUACGUUGAUGAUCAUGAUAGCAGUGGUGCUCAGAAGGAAGGGGAGCCGCCCAAUCCUGGUGCCUUUCAUCCUCAUGUCCUGCGUCAUCCCGAGGCACGUAAUGUCGAACAAAUCAUCAGAAAUUCAUGGAAUAGAGCUAGGCUUGUUGCUGAGUAAUCAUGACUGUGCUAAUAACGAAUUUAGGUCCUACCAGACCCCCUGCAUAAGUUUUACUUGACUGUAUAAUCUUCAUAUUUUUACUGAUGUUAUUCAAUGGUGUUGUAUCAAAGACCCGUAGGGAACUAAUUUGGAUUGAAUAAAUUUUUACAGGCAAGAAUCUUGGCCUGAAGAACAAUUUAAGUGCCUUCAUUUGAUUGACCAAAAAAUGUCUCUUCCUGUAGCUGCCCAGGGUUUCUGAAAAUGAUACAAUGUGACUUGGUCUUUUUAAGGUUCUUUUCAUUACCGUAAAUGAUCGAUUAAGCGACGCGACGCUUAUUUGAUUUUCCCUGUUAUAGGUGCGGUGCUUAUACGAGAGCGAUGCUUAUUCGAGAGCGACGCUUAUUUUAACUACGGGUAAAACACCGAGGGGAAUGUAGAAAGGAUUAGUGAGGCACGCUCUGAGUAUGCACAAUUUAAUGUAAAAUACGUACACCUCAAACUGUUAGAUGAACUGGUUUCAAGAGUUUCUUUAAAUUAAGUCUUUAGAACUCACGAGUUGGUAGAGGACUCGAAGUCUUAAUUCUCCAGCGAUCUCUCUUUAUAUCAAGUGCCGUAACAAAGGUGAGGCGUUAAUUUAUAAAUACCCAAAUUAGCGCCGCGGUGCUUAUUCGAGAGCUGCGCCUAUAAAAUAAUUAUGGGUAAAGGCGCGGUACUUUUUCGGGUAGCGGUGCUUAAUCGAUCAUUAACGGUACAUUAUUGUAAGGGAGUAAGAAAUUAGAAUUGUGCUUUUUUACUGUACUAGGCAAUUAUUA